UAGAUGUCGCAUCUUUCGUCUUUAGCCUGUGGAACUAAUUUUCUACAGUGCCAAAUUAUAAUUCGUUCAUAAUUUUGAUAAUGUUCGGAUAUCUUUAUAAACUAUUUCAAACAUUCUAACAUAGUUUUUAAGUAAUUACGUGUUCUUAAGAAAAUUAUCAUUAAAUCGCAUUUUAAAAUGUAUCGAAUAAUGUUGUUCAAGAAAUUCUUGAUGCCGUGUGGGCUAUGUGCUGCAGUACCAGCAAUGAAACCUCCAACUUCUCCUGAAGAUACUACACCAUGUAGUAAUGAAACACAAGGAAAGAAAUUAAUUAAACCAUCAGAAUUACCCAUUUAUUCUAUUGAUGAUGGGUAUUCUAAGCAGAUGCCAUGCAUAGAAUAUCCUUCUAUUGUGGAAGAAAAUAUUAGAAAAGUACGUCAAACAGUCAGUGAGAUAAAAGUUACAUUAGACAGGGUUUCCCAUGAUGUUUCAAGUACCUUCGAAAAUCUUAAAUUUGCUGUUGAUUACCUCCAAGAUGAAGCCAAUAUUAUGCCACGAAUAGGAGCUGUUGGUAUUGGUGGUUUAUCAGGAUUAAUAUUCAGUCUCAGAGGGGGCAUAUUAAAAAGACUGUUUUAUACAACUACAGGUGCUAGUAUUGUUGGAUGUAUUUGUUUCCCCAAAGAAGCAAAACAAGCAUUAAACACAGUAGAACACUAUGGAAAUAUUAGUUACAAUUUCAUUUAUGGUGUGAAACCAGGGGAUAACAAAAAGGAAAUUUCAGUAAAUGAAUUUCCAUUACUGAAAAGUGUGCUUGAAUCAGAAUAUUUUCGUAUGAUAGCUCGACUUUUUGAAAAAGAAACGAGCGAUACAACUGUAUCAACCAAUACAACUGAAAAAGUGGAGCUAAAUACAAAGAAGUGAAGAAUUCAGAGAAGAAAGAGUAAUGAAUUAGCAACAUUAGUUAAUGAAUAUUUGAUAAUUCAAUGUAAUAUAAAAAUUAUGUAAAGUUUUAAUAUAUGUAAAUAAAAAUCAUGAAAAGUAA